AUGAACUCCGAUGGCGUCAAUCAGAUCGUUGGCUCCUUGGAAGUUAUUUACAAUCCUCGAUCUUCCAACGAGGAUCGCCACAGCGCUGAACAAUUUCUAGAAAAAAUCAAACAGAUCCCUGAAUCUCCCUUCUGGGGUUAUCAAUUGGCUCUUCCUGAUAACAAGUAUGACUACGUUGUCAGACAUUACGGUUUGAACUUGUUGCUCAAUGCUAUAACCAAAGACUACUUUUCUUGGGAUAUCGACAAGAAAUUGGCCGUCAGAAAUUGGGUUGUUGAAUUGGCCAGUAAGGCCUCCGGUAUCGAUCCUCAUUACAUCAAGGAGAAGCUCGCAUUUCUUUGGGUCGAGAUAGCUAAGCGUUGCUGGGGUCAAUGCCUUGUUAAGAUGGAUAUAACCACCACUCUUGUUGAUGAUAAAAAACGUGUUGAUACUGGUACCACUGAUUCUACUGUUACUGCUACUGCGGUUACUGAUGUUGCUACUUCUACUUCUACUGUCACUACUACUACUACUACUGCCGCAGCUGAUGGUGACGUUAAGCAAGCCUCUGCAUAUACAGACCAGGAAAAACUUGAGUCAUGGGCUUCUAUGGACUCCAAUCUACUCGAACUUUGGAACCACGGUGAUAUCACUAAAGAAUUAACGUUAAUUGUGUUUCGAACGCUUUUUGAAGAUGUCUAUUUACUUGACGAUCCCAUCGUUUCUCAGAGAAGUAAUGUUCUCUCCUCGCUUUGUCCAGAAGUGGUAACUUCCGAGCCAAAUCUUCUAUUGAAGUAUGAACCCAACGAGCCUCUAAGAAUGUUCGCUGCUUCCCAAGAGGGUUGGCUUAUUCGCUGGUGCCAAUUAUUGGAUCAAUGCAUCGAAUAUCUUCUCAAUAACAGCAACGUUUAUGCGGAUAGUGAUAACAACAGCAAUAAUAACAACAACAAUAGUAACGACAGCAAUAGUAAUAACAGCAAUGAUAACACUGCUAACGUUGACAAUGAUGCUAAUGAUAGGAAGGCGGCCAGAGGCAAGUACAAGCACUUUUUAGACUUCACUACUAAGAUACUUGAAGUUUUUAAAACCAGUUUGUAUUGGGUUUUACCGAUUGCCUUUCGCCAAGUCAACAUUCUUCAAAAGUUGAGUCAAUUAUUGAAAGUUCACGAUAUCAAAGUGAAAACUUUGACUGUUGAUUGUUUCCAAGUACUUUUCACCAGAUCCUACUCCGAUGAUACCGACUUUGACGAUAUUGUUGGUUCCAUCUUUGAGACUGAUGGCCUUGCUAUGUUGUUCAAGUUAUAUAAGAGUAUUCAAUUGAAUCCUGAUGAUGUUGACGAAGCCCAAUAUACCCUAUUGAAGAAACUUGUGGAGCUGAUUGUUGGUUUGAGUGAGUAUUUGCAAACGGAUGGAACUUCCUCGAAGUUCUCUCUUCCGAAAACUGCAGAUACUACCAACUAUUACAAGUUGAUACUCGAAACUACCAAGCAUGAUUCUUUAGUUGUUUCGGGACUCUCUCUGCAAUUUUGGUGCUCUAUGCUUCGUAUUGAUGAAUUGUCCGGCAAGUCAGACUUUGAAGGAGUUAUGCCUGAUUUACUAGAGACAGCUGCCAAUAGACUCGUCAGUUAUGCUGACUAUGAUCCCGAGUGUAUUGCUAACAAGUACUUAGAAAUUGAUUUCGAAAAUCAGCCUGAGCAUAAUACCUUCUUGAGCAAUUAUCGCAAGCUGAAUGAUGAUGUGGUGCGAAUCAUUGUCUGUAAGAGGCCGAAGGAUGGUCUACAGUGGUUGGCUAACAGAUUGAAUGAAUUCUACACAUCACCGAUCGGCUCCGAGGCCCUCAGCAACUCUAAACUGGUUUACAAGGGUAAGAAUUCCGAGUCCUUCAUUUUUGGCUAUGCUCAAUUUGUUGUUAUUGAGGCUUGUGUAAGAGGUAUAUCACGGUGGCUCAUAUGGUAUACUGGAUCGGACUUUGAUACCGAGAAGCAGUUUUUACUUCACGAGGUCGAUGAUCUUUGUAAGACCCUGCUCACGAUCAAUAUCAAGGACCCAGUGCUUCUUAGAAAACAGAUUCAGACCCUUGUUCAAUUUACUCCGCUUUUGAAAGAUGUGUCCGGUACCAUGUUUAAGGUUUUAGAGAAGGUGAUGGAUUCUUGUACCUAUGGAUAUCCUCCCGACGCAAGUGAUGACGAUAGAGAGUUGAUUCGUGACCUUAGAACUUCCGGUGGUACAGAGCUUAACCGAUUAGCGUAUUUGAUGCCCGAAUCGUUGAAAAAUAUUCUUUCUCAAUUGGAAGAAGCCAUAGCGAGUAUAUUACAGUCGAACAAGCUUAGUGCUCAUGAAGCGGUAGCUUUUAAGUCGUUCUUGCUUGUUGUUUCGCAGCGUUCAUCUAUUGAAAAUAAGGAGGAAAGAUUUAGCCGUAUUGUGGAUCCUGAAUUGAUGGCAUGGUCAGAUCCCGCAACUGAGAAGGGUUUGUUAGAAUUGCAUUGGUUCAUGGAGCGAUUAGGUAUUGUGAAAAUUGCCGAGUACUUCCAAUCGCGUGGUAUUACCGCAGAUACAAACUUGUUACAGGCUCAGAUGGAUGAAGCUGGCCGACUAUUAAAGAAAGAGUUGAAGGACCAGUGGUCGUCUGUCUUUCCCAUCAGAGCAACUAGGAUAUUCAUUCAAUACUCCAUCGAGAAGCUUGAUCAUCGUUCCGAGACCUACCAAAGUCUUCUCAAGCUUUGGAAGCCUCGUAUUAAGCCUAUUUUACCGCAUAUUCUUCAACUCGUUUAUCAAAUUCAGGCGUACCAUAAUCCAGCCAAUUGGACGGGACUUCCGAGCGAAGUGCAAAGCUUUGUCAAGUACAGUUGUAUGGAGCGUUUCUGGCAGCAGGGGGUGAGUAUUCAAUCCAAGGAGUCUUUCAUGGAUGAAAGCGUCAAGGCAAUGCAUACUUUACGUGACUUUGCUGAUAGCGUGGGUCACAUCAUAAGAUACACUAGAGAGUAUGCCUACUUGACGAUCAGCUCGAUUUCCGAGUUGGAGGAAACUUUGUACGAGAUUCCAAAUUCUGCUUCUUUAUUAUGGAGAGCACUUACUGGAGAAUCCGUCGGUAUUACCCUUCAUUCUUGGAGACACAUGCUGAAUCUGGUGAUUAGAAAUGUGAUUAAGAACUGUCCCUUGGCAUAUAUUGACAGCUUCAUGGGUGAAUUAAUUCCGCAACUUCUUGGAACCAUUGACCAGUUACUACUGCAAAAAUGGGAGAUAGUAUACAGGAAAGGAAUGCAAUUAGAAGGUAAUGAGUCUGAUGAGCAGUUAAGUGAAGAGAUGAUGGAAGAGCAUAUGCUUAGGCAGAUGACUGCCGUGGUGGACAGAAUGCUGAUUGAUUUGGUAGGACAGCAGUCGGCCUCUAAUUUGAACGAGAGGCAACUCAAGACGAGGAAACUUAUAUUCAGCAACUUGAAUUUGUUGGCACCUCUGUUGAACCUUCUCUGUCACAUUAUCAACAUCAAAGAUACGCGAUGCUCGUUUAAUGCCAUCCUUAUUGUCAAGCAUAUGAUUCAAGAUAUGAUUGCUCUCAAUGACACAGAGGUAGACAAGUUCCUUAGUGAAACCUUGAUUCGUUCUUUAUUGAGUGUGCUGACAGACAAGUUUUACUUGGAUGUUCACCCAGAGGCUGCCUAUACCUUAACGAUUCUUUACAUGGGAUUACGUUACAAGUCUUCCUAUCCAGCGGUAAUUAUUCAGCAGAGCUUGAAUUUAGAGGCCAAAGAAUUAUCGCAGUUCGAAGGUCUGCUUACCAAUUGUAAGAAACUUAGAGAAAGACGUAAUUGUUUCCUCCAAUUGAUUUCCAACUUACAGAAAAAGAACGGAACACCGGGGGCUGAUGACGAGGUGACGAAGAAAAAGGAAAGGAAGAAACAGUUAGAGGCCUCGCGUAGAAGCAAACGUAACAAUGGUGCAAGUGGUAGCUUUCUGGAUGAUCCAUUUGCCGAAAACAAUGCUUUAAGUAGUUUGUUUGGAGGUGAAUGA